AUGGACAGGUCAGCAUCGCAGUCCCAUGAGUCCGACAGGAGCAUUAGCAUGCAUGAUGACCCUGUGCCUAAGAAAAAGGGCAGAAAGGGCAAGGCAAAGGCUAAGGGAAGUAAGCGACUAUGGACAAAAAAAGAGGACGCUGUGUUGGUGGAGUGUUUAUUGGAGCUGAAAGAGCAGCCACUUUGGAGAACUGAGUGGGGGUUCAAGUGCGGUUACCUAGCUAAGGUCGAAAAAAUGAUGUGGGAAAAACUUCCUCAUUACGGUCUGAAAGCACAACCACAUAUCAACUCGAGGGUGAAGAUGUUGAGGAGGCAAUAUAAUGCAAUCAGCGAGAUGCUUGAGAAAGGUAGUGGUUUCGGGUGGAAUGAUGAGGAGAAAUGCAUUACAUGUACCAAGGAUGUCUUUGAUGAAUGGAGCCAUCCUUUUGCAAGAGCACUGCGACACAAACCAUGGGUGCACUAUGAUUCCUUUGUCGCCAUCUACGGCAAAAACAGGGCCAAUGGAGCUGGUGCGGAGACAGCAGCUGAUGCUGUUGAGGAUUUGGAUAAUGGCAGUGUUGACAAUAAUGAUGAAUAG